AGUUUACAAUCAUAAUAUAGUCAGCCGUAAUCGAUAUGACGACACCGAUCUUAUAAAUGAAGGCUGCACUGUGUUAUACUAUCAGUUAAACCUCAUAUCCUCGAGACGUUCGGCUACAGUGAGAGCCAACGUUUUACGAAAUACCGAAACAAGUGUGCAGAGCGUUCACGCUUUGUGUCACAAGUGUUACGAGUGAGUGUCGUCGAUUACAUAAAAUGCCCUGUCCAUUCAUGGGUUCGCUCAAUCAAGCUUUCGUGCGAAAUUAUGGCACCGUACUGAUGAAACAGUAUGGAAACUUUUGCCCGAUAAUUUCCAGAGGAUUCCGCUCUCUAGGUCAAGACGAGACCAAAUGUCCAUUCAUUCAGAAAAACAACGCCGUCGUCGCGGACGCUCCCAAGGAGAUGACCGAGGACAUCGUCGAGCGCGCCCGGCCCUACUCCUACGAUAAGUUCUUCAACGAGCAAAUAAGCGCCAAGAAGAGGGAUUACUCGUACCGUGUGUUCAGGAAAGUGUCGCGGUUGGCCGCGGACGGUAUGUAUCCUCAGGCCCUCGAGGGGCUGGACAACCGGCGCGUGACGGUGUGGUGCGCCAACGACUACCUGGGCGCGUCGCGGCACCCGAGCGUGCAGGACGCGGCCGUGUCCGCCAUCAGGUCGUACGGCACGGGCGCCGGCGGCACGCGCAACAUCGCCGGCAACUCGCAGAUGACGGAGCAACUCGAAUCCGAAAUUGCCAAACUGCACAAGAAACCCGCAGCUUUAAUAUUUAGCUCCUGCUACGUCGCAAACGAUGCGACGUUGUCGACUCUAGCUAAAAUUUUACCCGGUUGCAUUGUCUAUUCGGACGCGGGCAACCAUGCCUCUUUGAUACACGGAGUCAGAAACAGUAGAGCGCCGAAGCACAUAUUCAGACACAAUGAUCCGAAACACUUGAGGGAGCUGCUCUCCCAAUCGCCGGAAGGCGUCCCGAAGCUAGUCGUUUUUGAGACUGUCCACUCGAUGAGUGGAGCCAUCUGUCCUUUAGAAGAAAUGUGUAACAUAGCCCACGAAUACGGGGCGUUGACUUUCGUCGACGAAGUCCACGCGGUAGGUCUGUACGGGAAGCACGGCGCCGGGAUCGGAGAGGAGCGAGGCAUCGAGCACAAGAUAGACAUCCUGUCCGGCACGCUGGGCAAGGCCUUCGGGAACGUGGGCGGCUACAUCGCGGGCUCGUCGCUGCUCGUGGACACGGUGCGGUCGCUGGCGCCCGGCUUCAUCUUCACGACGGCGCUGCCGCCGCCCGUGCUGGCGGGCUCGCUGGCCGCCAUCCGCCUGCUGGCCGGCGAGGAGGGCCGCAGCCUGCGCGCCAAGCACCAGGCCAUCGUGCGCUACCUGAAGCUGUCGCUGCUGGUGGCGGGGCUGCCGCAGAUGCCGUCGGUGUCGCACAUCGUGCCGGUGCCCAUCGAGGGCGCGGAGGCGGUGGCGCUGGUGGCGGAGUCGCUGAUGCGGCGCGGCCACUACGUGCAGGCCAUCAACCACCCCACGGUGGCUCGCGGCGCCGAGCGGCUGCGCUUCGCCCCGGGCCCGCACCACACGCCCGAGAUGAUCGACAGCCUCGUCACUGCCCUCAUCGAGUCAUUCCACGAGAACAACAUAAACUUCAACCAGUUCCUGGUGAACGGCACUUGCCGCGAGUGCAGCAUGGAGUACAAGGUCGAGGUGCCCUACGAGGAACCCUACAAGUACCCCAUGAUCGCCGCGUAAACGUGUCUACGCGAAGUGACAGAAUGUUGAAUUAUUGUAUAGUUUAUUUGAGAUAUAUUAUUAUUUAUGGUUCUCGGUUAUAAUGUUAGGGGAAAUAAAACAAUGGUGUCGUA